AGAAAGAUGAUGGGGAGGGAGCAAGGAGGCUCCACCAGUCACCAGCCACCACCACCAUUAAAAACUCACGCACAGGAAGGAAGCAUCAUGCACGAUGAUCGUCUCCUCGAUCACCUCCUUUCCGUGUCUUUAUUUAUUUAUAUUUCUUAUUAAAAAAUUUUGGGUUUUGGUAUCUGUCUACUGAUUUCUUCUUCCACCUCCCAAAAAACCACUCUGGUUUCCACUCGCUCUAGAAAAGCAGCUUCACGGGGUCCUCGAGAAAGCUCAGACUGACAGCGCUUUCCAUUCCCCAACACCAACCCUAAAACUGUUCCCGUUUCUGCGUUUUGGCCGACGGUCUUCGGCGAGAUGUCCUUCAGAAGCAUGGUCAGGGAUGGGCUGGGGAGCCUGUCGCGGCGGAGCUUCGAGGCGAAGGGGGUGGUGCAGCCGUCGAGGUCGUCGGUGGCGGCGAGGGAGGAGGAAGAGGCGGAGCGGCAGCAGCAGGGGUGCUGGGCGGGGCUACCGCCGGAGCUGCUCAGGGACGUGAUAAAGCGGCUGGAGGCCAGCGAGAGCAGCUGGCCUGCCCGCAAGCACGUCGUCGCCUGCGCCGCCGUCUGCCGCUCCUGGCGUCAGAUGUGCAAGGAGGUCGUGUCUGCGCCAGAGUUUUGCGCCAAGCUCACCUUUCCCGUCUCCCUCAAACAGCCUGGGCCGAGGAGCGGGCCUAUUCAGUGUUACAUAAAGAGGAAUAAAGCGGCGUCCACUUACCACCUCUUUUUGGGUCUUACUCCUGAAAAUGGGAAAUUUCUACUUGCUGCCAAAAAAAUCAGGCGUCCAACUCAUGCCGAGUACAUUAUAUCAAUGGAUGCAGAGGACAUAUCCCGCAACAGUAGCAGUUAUAUAGGAAAACUAAGGUCAAACUUUUUAGGCACCAAAUUUGCCGUCUACGACAGCCAACCUUCAUAUAGUGGGGCUGUGAUGUCCAGUAGCAGAUCAAGUCGGAGAUUUUACUCAAAGAAGGUCUCCCCGAAGGUGCCUGUUGGUAGCUAUGGUAUUGCGCAUAUAGCUUAUGAGCUUAACAUGCUUGGCACACGAGGUCCAAGGCGCAUGCGCUGUACCAUGCACUCCAUUCCAGUUUCUUCCCUCGAGGAAGGAGGCUGCGUACCCUACUACAUGGAGCUUCCUGGAUCCGUAGAGGAAUCCUUCGCCAGUAUGUCCUUGUCUCAGUCCCUAGAGCACGUGGGUGGAAGAGAACUGGGUCCAACAGAUUCAUUUGCUGGCAGUUCUCGCUUUUCAGAACUCUCAGCCAGUAUGUUUGGGAAGGAAGCUCCCUUGGUCCUCAAGAACAAGGCACCCAGGUGGCACGAGCAGCUACAAUGCUGGUGCUUGAAUUUCCGUGGCCGUGUCACCGUGGCUUCAGUAAAGAAUUUUCAGCUGAUUGCUGCUAUAGAAUCACCGGAGCAGGCUGCUGCUGGCCCUUCUCAGGCUGCUGCUGGCCCUUCUCAGGCUGUUGGAGGGAGCGAGCCCGACAAGAUUCUGCUACAGUUUGGUAAGAUCGGGAAGGAUAUUUUUACCAUGGAUUACCGCUACCCGCUCUCUGCAUUUCAGGCAUUUGGGAUUUGUCUAAGCAGCUUUGACACCAAGUUGGCUUGUGAAUGAAAACCCUAUGCAAUCAAGAUUUCUGUAGUGUCAUAGACUGCUGAUGUUAGCAAGCAGAUUACUGUUGUAGUCGAGCUUCACCGGCAAUUGCUCGGAAAAGCUUGUAAAUUGCGAUAAUGUAGGAAUUUUUACCGAGCAAAUGUAUGUGGUUUGGAUUUCCCAUAUGUGAAACCAUAUUCAACCGGUGUUAUUCUUAUUUGAAAUGCAUGGGGUCUCUUUCUUGUGA